GUACGGCCCCAAACCUACCCCUUCACGGCGCACUUGUUCUCGACCUAGGUACAUGAAGGGACUGUUGUGACCUCGGACUGGCCGCGCCCGAUCCUCGGAGCGGCGGCGGCGACUGUUGCUAAGGGAGGUGACGCGCCGAGAAACGCGGCCCGAGCGGCAGACGGCAGUAAGCGCGGUCAGCCAGCAGCGCCCACUCCUCCGGGACCCUCCCCCCGCGCCCGCCUAGUCUCGGUCGACUCCCGCCGCCCUUGAAAGAAGCCGCAAGUACAGUCCCCACCCCCGGAAGGCGCCCCAACGAGCCGACGCGACCCCGGAGCGCCACUGAGAUUCUUGAUUCGCCAUUUGUUCCUGGGACCUUCUCAAAGGGGACACGCGCUGCCCCUCAUACCCAGUGUCCCCGAGAACCCUGGUUCGGGGAGCCCCGGCCCUGUCCGGAGGCGCGGCGAGGAUUGGCGUUGCCCCGCGGACCCCAGCUCCCCAGCGCGGGCCGGGGAUGGAGCCGCAGCCUGGCGGCGCCCGGAGCUGCCGGCGCGGGGCCCCUGGCGGCGCCUGCGAGUUGGGCUCCGCGGCGGAUGCAGCGUCCAUGAGCCUGGCCAUCCACAGCACAACGGGCACUCGCUACGAGUUGUCGGUGUCCCCCGACGAGACGGUGGAGGGGCUGCGCAAGCGGCUGUCCCAGCGCCUGAAAGUGCCCAAGGAGCGCCUGGCGCUGCUCCACAAAGACACCCGGCUCAGUUCGGGGAAGCUGCAGGAGUUCGGCGUGGGGGAUGGCAGCAAGCUGACUCUCGUGCCCACCGUGGAGGCGGGCCUCAUGUCUCAGGCCUCAAGGCCAGAACAGUCUGUGAUGCAGGCUCUGGAGAGCUUAACAGAGACCCAGCCCACAGCGGCGCCCGGGCCGUGCCGGGCUGGCGGAGGCGGCUUCCGGAAAUACCGAUUCAUUUUAUUUAAGCAUCCGUGGCACCGACAGGGACCCCAGAGCCCAGAGAGGGGCGGCGAGAGGCCCCAGGUCAGUGACUUCUUGUCGGGCCGCUCACCACUGACCCUGGCUCUUCGAGUGGGUGACCACAUGAUGUUCGUCCAGCUUCAACUUGCUGCCCAGCACGCCCCACUACAACACCGCCAUGUGCUGGCGGCUGCAACUGCUGCCACCCGCGGGGACCCCAGCAUGACCACUCCUGUGUCCUCUCCCUGCCGGCCAGUGUCCAGUACUGUCCGUGUCCCCCCAGUGCCCACCAGCCCUGCACCUGCAUCCCCCUCACCUGUAACAGCCGGCUCCUUCCGUUCCCACUCAGCCCCCACCACCUGCCCCGAGCAGAUGGACUGUUCCCCUGCUGCCAGUGCCCGGGCCAGCCCCGCAUCCACCUCGGGGGGCAGCCCCACCUCCCGUUCCCGAAAACCUGGUGCCAUUAUCGAGAGCUUCGUGAACCAUGCCCCAGGGGUCUUCUCAGGGACCUUCUCUGGCACGCUGCACCCCAAUUGCCAGGACAGCAGUGGGCGGCCACGGCGGGACAUCGGCACCAUCCUGCAGAUCCUCAAUGACCUCCUGAGUGCCACGAGGCACUACCAGGGCAUGCCCCCAUCACUGACCCAACUGCGUUGCCACGCCCAGUGUGCACCUGCCUCUCCCGCCUCAGACCUCACCCCAAAAACUACCUCCUGUGAGAAGCUGGUGGCCACGGCCCCAGCCUCCCUGAGCCAGGCCCGCCUGGGCAAGCCCACGGGGGACCGGCUGCGGCAGACAGAGAACCGGGCCACCCGCUGCAAGGUGGAGCGCCUGCAGCUGCUGCUCCAGCAGAAACGGCUCCGCAGAAAGGCCCGGAGGGAUGCCCGAGGCCCCUACCACUGGCCACCCAGCCGCAAGGCCGGCCGCAGCGACAGCAGCCCCGGAGGCAGUGGUGGCAGCCCCGGUGAGGCUGCGGGCCUGGGCCUUGACUUCGAGGAAUCCGUCUGGAAGCCAGAAGUUAACCCCGACAUCAAGUCAGAGUUCGUGGUGGCCUAGAAACCUUGUCCCUCACCCCUGCCCAGGGUGGCUGAGAGCAUCGCCCAGCUCAGGAGGGCAGGCAGUGGGCACUGCAGGAGGCCCCUCCCUCUUCAGCCAGCAUCCUGGUUUUUUAAAAUUUUCAUUUCUUACCAUGGUUUUCCAAACCCUCUGUGGCCUUGGAUUCCUGCCUCCUCGGUUCAGCCUCACUCACAUCUCCCCACCUCUUCCUCUGCACCCCCACCCUCUCCCCUCAGCCACACAGGGUCCUUCCCUGCCCACCUUCCCGAGCUCCAAAUAUGUAGCAGUCUUUCCAGAUGGUUCAGAGCAGAAUGAGGAAGAAGCCCCCCCACCCCUUCCGCUGGCUCUGAUGCUCCACCACCCCCACCCUCUUCAGGUUUAAGUCCAAAAUGUAGAUGCCUCAUUUGCACUUUACAGACAGGAGGGGGCCAUAGAAAAGAGAACCCCCACUGCCAAUUCUGGCCUCCCCCUACCCAGCAGGGCCCCCAGGGCUCCAAACACCUCACAGGACCCACAGCUGCACAGACCAGGGCUGUCUCUUCCACGUCUAUACUACUUUCUCUUCUUAGUUUCUUUUUCCUGGAAGAGAAAAUCUGUUUCAGGGGAGGCUGGCCAGAGCCUGCCUUGGAGUUCAGGUCUGGGUGUAGUACCCUUUCCUGGCAGAAAAGGAUGGAGGAGAACAGACUUGUCGCCUGCCUUUGCUGGCCACGCACUGUGCGAUACUCUUCUGAUGCCACUCUCCAACCCCACAUCUUUUUUUUUUUUUUUUUUCCUGAGCUCUGGGUAUUUAUAGACUGUUAAUUUUCUGACUGAGCCAAUAGUAGUUGGGAAUCUCUUGAAAAAUCAGGAGAGAAAUUGCUGUGGGGUGGGGUAGAUGCCCCCAGCCCUGAUUCUCUGCCCAACCUGAGUGAUCUGGGCCUGUGGACUGUCUGGGGGUGGCCCUCCUGCAGCCUGGAGGGGAGGGGGUGCUGAGCUGUGAAUCUCAUAGUUAGGAGCUACACUGUAGCAUUAACCCCCUGGGAGGUUGCUGCUGGUCUAAUUUGGAACCUCCCCACUCAUGCCCAUGCCCCAGGGGUCUUUGGCCCCCAGAGCAGAGGGACAGGGACCCCCCCCCCCUUAAUUGGGGCCAUUUCAAUGUGGGUGGAGUUUAUUUUUCAUUCACUUUUUUUUACUGAUAAAUGGAGAUGAGAUGUCUGGGCCUUCCCCCACACACAUACCUGUCUGUCCUGCAGGAUACCCCACCCCCUGCCUGUCUCCCUCCUUUUGUCCUACUCGUAGAUGAACCCCCAGGUCCUCACUCCUUCCCCAUUAUGUGUUUCAAGUUAAUGGUUUCAGAUGUGAACAUCAUGUGUUAACUGUAGCUCUGUACAUUUUUUUUGUGGGGGGGUGGGCGGGGAGGAGGGGUCAGAAAGUUAGGGGUCAGAGAUUUGUUUUGUUUUUCUAAAAGGAGAGAAGAGGGGCAGAUUUGUUUUUGAAAAACUGUCUUGGAUACCUA